AUGGUAUCUGCGCUAGACACACCACGCAUCCCUCGCCACGAGGGCUAUGAGAGCGAGACGACAGAUAUCUCAGAGAGCGAGCAGGAAGGGCACGCGGUGUGCGUUGCUUGGGCUCCCUCCACUGUUCGAGCAGGCUCGGGCAUCACCUACGAUUUGUCCGCUCUAGACGGAGACUCUGGCCCACGAGCGCUCCUCGGUUUGAUCGGACGAUUCGAAGUUGCCGGGUGCCGUCAAGUCAUCGGUCCGAACGGAUACUACUACUUUGAUCUAUCGGAGCGUGUGCAGGUGCAUAUCGGUUCAAGCCUGUCGACUUGUACCUGCUCGGCCUCCAAGGCUCGACCGGACGUCGCAUGCCAGCACAUCUUUUGGGUUCUCGAUCAACUUCACGGCUACUACAACUCGCAGCGGACUCAAUUCGGGGUGCCCCUGGCGCGAAAUGGUUCUUCGCCCGCACUAACGCCCAUCCAGACCCUUCUUACGGGACGCCUGGAUAUCCUCGCCCCCCACCUGGGCUGGCCAUAUGAGCGGGAUGGAGCAGACACUGUUGUCCCGACGAUGAGCCGACAGGAGACGGUCUGCGACAUCCUCUCUGCUUUCCGCGCGGACACACUCACCGAAGAAUUCCGAGCCGAUCUGAUGGCCGAGACGCAGGGCGACAGUCGCUCCUCCCGAACCCCGGAGCAAUGCGUGAUGCAGGGCGAUCUGGAAGCAACGCUGUUCGGACUAGCAGCGCACGACGACGCCGUGUACGCCAGUCUCUGCAAGGCGAUGCCCCGCGGUGCAUGUGCAGCCAUCUAUUUCGACAAAGUGCACGAACGGUUGCGUCGGCUCUUCGCCGACUUUGACCGAUCCUCCUCUCGGCCGCCGAGCGCAAUGUCCAUAGAAAAGACUCUGGACACCAUCCGGCGCCAUGCAGAACGGAUCGAGCACAAUCUGGCCAUGCGUGGCUCCGUCGCCGCCCAGGGAGCGGCCAAGACGCUCGUCUACCUGCUAGAUGAGAUCACCAGGCGCGCGGAGGGAACCGAGAGCAUUGAUCCGGCGACAGUUGGUCCUGGCAAACAGCAGAACAACAGCCUGUACUACCGACUCAUCGGGGACCCCGCGGGGGGGUUCUUCCUUCUUGACGCGUUGGCACAGGUGGCCCCGUCCAGCCUGCGGCAGUUCCAUGGGCAGUUGGGCGUUGUGCUGCAUAGACUGAGAGAGUACCAUGCCCCGCGGGCGUACAUUCAUCGUUUUACUGAUUUGAUGGGGACUAUUGAGUGA